AUGUUGACUUCCAUUCUCUUCCUUUCUGCUAUCGUCUCGACGGCCUGGAGCUGUCCAAAGCAUGACAACUACCAAUCCCAUCCACACCUGGGUCGGCGGCAGGUCCGUAUCGACGUCGGGAGAGAGCCCAAGGACUGGAAUUACGAUGUCUCUGCUGAUUGGGCGACGAUAAAACCCGAAUAUUCCCUCUGUCAAUCUGGAACGCACCAGUCCCCCAUCAACAUCGUCGGACAAGAGUUGGCAACCCUGCACAAACCCGAGUUCGAGGGCUACAAGAAUGAACCUCUACCCGGGAACUUCGCCAACUGGCAAUUCGCCCCGUCCUUCACGCUACAUCACCCAGAAGGCGAGAUCACAGGCCUGCCCAACUUCAAGUUUGACGACCAAGAGGUCUUCCUGAUAGGCUGGCACAUACACGCCCCUUCGGAACACCUCAUCGACGGCGUUCGAAGCCGUGCCGAGAUCCACAUGGUCCACGUCAAUGAAGAAGACGAGGAGGCGGCUGUCAUUGGCAUCCGCGUCGGCGUCGCACCCCCUGAGGCACCCACGGAAUCGGCAUUCUUCAAGCAGCUCGGCCCUCUGAUCCACUUCAACGACACUUCUCAGAUCGAGGGUCUCCAAGUCAACGUGCGUUUGGCCAUCGAUGAAGUCGGCGGGCUCGAAGAGUACUGGACGUACAAGGGCAGCCUGACCACGCCCCCAUGCAGCGAGGGGUUGAGGUGGUUCGUCCCCAAGCAAGAGUUGUUGGUUAGUGAGGGACAAAUGGUAGAGAUCCUCGCGGCCAGCAGGUUCUCACAUCGUGUCACACAAGAGGUCUGGUUACAUGAUAUCAAUUUGUAA